GAUGGGGCGACGGAAGUGAGGAUGUUACGUCAUUCCAUGUCGCCUCAGCCCGGAUGGUAGCAGUCUAGCCGCUUAGCCUUUAUGCUAGCUAGCUAGCUAGCUAGCCACCUUGCUGGCCUUUUCCUCCUCUUCAGCCUCACGAUGGCGUUAAAGCGAAUUUCGAAGGAGCUGACGGACCUUUCCCGAGACCCUCCGGCUCAGUGUUCGGCGGGGCCCGUCGACGAGGACAGUAAGACGAGCUUGACCUCUCCCUGCGCUCUGCCUGGCCUCUUCUUGGCUAACUUUGGCUUGUCUCCUCCUUCCUCAGUGUUUCACUGGCAGGCCACCAUCAUGGGACCUCCGGACAGUCCCUACCAGGGUGGCGUCUUCUUCCUCACCAUCCACUUUCCCGCAGACUACCCCUUCAAACCUCCAAAGGUGGCGUUCACGACCCGAAUCUACCACCCCAACAUCAACAGUAACGGCAGCAUCUGUCUGGACAUCUUGAGGUCUCAGUGGUCCCCGGCACUCACCAUCUCCAAAGUCCUGCUGUCCAUUUGUUCGCUCCUGUGCGACCCCAACCCGGACGACCCGCUGGUGCCCGAGAUCGCUCGCAUCUACAAGACGGAUCCCGUCAGGUACAACAAGACCGCUCAGGACUGGACUCAGAAGUACGCCAUGUGAUCCUCGGUGGGCACGCCCCGACUCAUCUGCCAAUCACAGCACUUUGUUCUUUUUUUUCUGUUGUUAUUGGUCCAAAAACCUCAAGUUGAUCUCUUCAUAAACUGUGAAGAAGAAGAAAGCAUGUAAGAGGUUUUUCAACUUUUUGUUGUUUGGCAAGCGUGGCUUCUUCCUCGCCCUGCUCCGCCCCUAUUUUUUUGCACUCCAGAUGAAACUUGACGGCCGAUUGGUCCAAACAUUGUAGUUGUCAUUCAAUAAUAAUAGUAAUAAUCAUAAUAACAACAGUCACGGAUGGUGUAGUGGUGCAUUGGCCUGACUUGCAGGCAGCGUGGAUUCAGUUCCCACUCAGUGAGUCUGAAUGGUCACGCUCCAACUAGCUGGCGACCGAUUCAGGGCAUAGUCCGCCUUUCGCCCCAAGUCAGCAGGGAGACGCCGGCGCCCCGCAACCCUCAACAGGGUAAGCGGAGAGUUACUUCAGAAACUUCAUCCAUCUCUUCCAGGGGGGAUCCCGAGGCGUUCCCGGGCCAGCCGAAAGACAAGUCUCUCCGGCGUGUCCCGGGGCUCUCCUCCCGGCGGGAAGUGCCCGGAACUCCGCACCGGGUAGGCGUCCGGGAGGCAUCUGAAUCAGAUGCCCCGGCCACCUCAUCUGGUUCCUCUCGAUGCGGAGGAGCAGCGAGACUCUACUCUGAGAUCCUCCCGGAUGACCGAGCUUCUCGCCCUCUCUCUAAAGGGAGAGCCCGGACACCCUGCGGAGGAAACUCAUUUCGGCGCCUAGUAUCCGGGAUCUCGUUCUUUGGGUCACGAGCCGCGGGUCGUGACCAUAGGUGAGGGUAGGAACGUAGAUCGACCGGUAAAUCGAGAGCUUAGCUCCUUCUUCACCACAACGGACCGAUGCAAAGUCCGCAUCACUGCAGACGCUGCACCGAUUCGCCUGUCGACCUCGCUCGUCUUCGAGCCCCACCUCCAGGCCUGGCUCCAGAGGGGGGGGGGGGGGGGCCCGGUGAAAAUGCGAUCCAAUCAUUUUUCUCAUCAUAGGGGUCUUUCGAGCCGUGCUUUGUCUGGUCCCGCAUCUAGGACCUGUUUGUCAUGGGUGACCCUGCCAGGGGCAUAAAGCCCCAGACAACUUAGCUCCGAGCUUCAUUAGCUCAAGGAUCAUCCAUGUUCAGGCCCUCAAAAGUGCAUUACAACAACAAUGAUGCUGAUAAUAAUAAUAACAGUAAGGAUAGCCUGGACCAGUGUGGCGCCAGCCUGACAACAUGCCGGAAGAGUCCAGAAGCUUUUUGACAGGCAGACUGGAGAAAGCCAGGUGGUAAACUGGCCCGGAUGGAACUGAGCAGAAAAUCUAAUUCCUUUAAGAUUAGCAGCCACGUUCAGCUCGUAAUUGUGAUAUUUGGAUCUUUUUACAGUACUUUAAAAAUGAGAGUACAGUAGCGCAUGUUUACAAUUUGUCUAUUUGCUGAGUUUUCUUUGAACCUAUGCUCAAUUAUUUGCAGAAUAACUCACCUGUUUGCCGUUUUUGUGAUCAGGCAUCUGAUCAGACUUAAGAACUAUGUCGAAGUGAGUUGAGCUUUAUUUAGACAAAAGUGGUGCUUUGCCACCAUCUUGUGGCAUCAAUCGAGAGGCAAUUCUCAACCUCGCAACGUCAAUUUCUCAGCGGACGUCAUUAAAUUGCUAAAAGGAAUACAGUACUGAGAAUAUUUACGUGUUGUGAAGCGGCAACAUUUUUCAAAAUAAAUGUGUACGUCAUUUAUAAUAAAAAAUUACAAUCAAAUAAACAACAUUCCAAGUGGUGACAUUACACAGAUGUGAUGCUUGUCACCAAAGUAUAAAAAAAACUUUAUUCCUCAAAUGUCCAGAUAAAUAAAAUCAAUAGAAUCAAGCAUCCUUUGCACAAGGUCACACGAGUUGAAGCUGAAGCUCCAGUUGAGGACAGAAGAGCGAAAAGGAAGUGUUCAAAGUCAAUCCGCACACUUCCCGUUUAGGCUUCAAGGGGCCACGUGGAGCAAAUUCAACGACAACAGGAGUCGGACAAUCACCCGGUGCAAGAUAAAGCGUGCCGACCCUUCGGCGGGAGCCGCAUUUGGCCGGCAAUCGGUCGGAAAAUGUCACGUGAUCGUCAUCCGAGGCACACGCAUGCGGGCAACCGGCCAGAUUUCGCUCCUUCCCGCCCGAGGAUGGCAAACGCCAGACAAUAUCACGUUUUAGGAGAUGAUCCUACAAGAUUCUUCUUAGGUUAGGGGUUACCUCCCAAACGGGUCGGUGCCGACAAUCGAAAAUAUUUGCGCAUGGUCACUAUUUAUGACUAAAAACACAAAUCGGUGAAUUGUGACGUGGAAACGGAAUGUAGCCAAUAAAGGAAGCGACCUGACGAGUAACAAGGACACGGCGAUAAAUAAACACGAACAUGUCUUAUCUCACGUGGUUUUGUGUAUUUUUCCCCUUCUUUGGUUUUGUGAGAUCACGUGUGAUCACUCAAGAUCUUAGCCUCCGUGGACUUGUUUGUAGAUCUGCGGUGGAGCAGAAUCUUUCUGUGUCGAGAUUAUCGGCGCACACCACACAAUACGAGCAAAACUGCAGAAAGUAUGGAAGUCCUUCCUGUUGCUACUCUCCACAAGCGUCACCGUCCCGUAAAGACCACUGCAAGCGCGCCGUGCAGAACGCCAGAUGACAACGAGGUGAGUGCUCACAAAUGUACGAUAAACAUGAAAGAAGAUUAGAUGGAAUUGGCGGAUUUGAGACA